UUCGGCCUGACUAUUACUUGGGCCGCGGAAAUAGUCCAUCCUUUUCUUCCGCACGGUUGGAGGAGGUCGGCUGGUUAUCGGGAGUUGGAGGGCUGAGGUCGGGAGGGUGGUGUGUGCAGAUCUGUAGGACUGACGCACCACGCCAGUCGCGGGUUUUGGGCCGAGGAGGCCUGGGUUACGAGCAGCAAGUGCGCGGUUGCACCCACUGUGAGGCCGUUUUAGGUUAGGCGCUGCCGGGUGAGAGGCGCUGGUGGUCACAGCGUUAGCUCCGGGUAAAGCGCCGCUCUCUGCCCACGUGGCCUCUAAGAAUUGCAGAAUCCCGGCGGAGGCAUCGACACCCAAGUAAACACUUCGAAAAAGUGAUUAUUGAGCUAGCUUUAUUUUGAUAAUCCCUACUUAACCACAGGUAUAACCAUUAAAGCAUGGGGGCGAAUUUUUGUUGAGUUCCGUUUUUGAGCGUUCGAUAUUUAAUGACUUUGUAGAAUCUUGUACUUAAAAAAGCUAGUAAGACGUUCUACCAGGAAAUUACCACAGGGGGCAUUUAACAAAUCUGAGCUCUUGGUGACCUUAUCGUUUUAUAUUUUAAGUAUUUACAUUUAAAUAUUUUGCUAGUUCAUCCUAGGAUUUAUAUGUAAUGACUCAUGUCAGUUCCCAAGAAGCUACAGAAUGAGACAAGAGAUUGACUAAGGCAAGUACAAUAGUGAAAUAAGUAGUUAUCUUUAAUUUUUGUUGCCAUGGCUAUUUUUUUUUUUUUUUUUUUUUUUCUGAGACAGGGUCUUGCUCUGUCGUCCAGGCUGGAGUGUAGUGGUGCAAUCUCGGCUCACAGCAACCUCCACCGCGGCUCAUGCGAUCCUCCCGAGUGGCUGGGAGCAAAGGCACGGGCCACCACACCUAGCCAGGAUUUUAAGAAUUUUUUGUGGAGACAAGGAUCUCCUUGUGUUGCUGAGGCUCACUACAUACAACCUCCACCUCCCAGGCUCAGGUAUUCCACCUACCUCAGCCUCCUGACAACAGGCGUGCGCCACUAUUCUGGCUAAUUUCUGUAUUUUUUGUAGAGACGGCGUUUCACCACGUUGCCCAGGUUGGUCUUGAGCUCCUGGGCUCAAGCGAUCCGCCCGCCUGGACCUCCCAAAGUUUUGUGUUACACAGGCCUGAGCCACCUAGACCAACCUUUCUUUUUUCUUUUAGCUCAGAAGAAGGAAUCUUUUUCUUUUUUUUGGUAUGUUGUAUACUCUCUACCAUGGGGAUGAAGACACAAGAAUUAUGAUAGUUAUUGAAAAAGGUUGAGAAUUCAGAACUUGUCAGUUUCCACCAAUAAUGGCAAAGAUGCAGUAUGACAAAGUUCAGUUACUUAAAUGAAUCUAGGAAUGAAGAAUCUAGGAAUUAUAAUGGAGAGGUGAUUAGGAGUUUAAAAUGGUUUAUUGAUUGGAGAUCCUUUUCCUGGUUUAUAUAGGGCACACUUUGCCUUAGGAAUUCCCCCUUUGAUCUUGGAAAAUGGCUUUUAAUUGUACAUUAAUACUGUAUUGGUAAUUGUACGUUAAAAUAUGUGGCUAAUGAUAAAACUACAUUUUUUACUUAUAUUGAAAGAUGCUUUUGUUGGAAGUGACAGUACUUUUUUGGAAUCUUGUUGCAUUGGAUACAUUUAGAGGGUAAAAACUGAAAGAACCUGUGAAUAAAAUUUCUGGAUUUCUUUUUAAAGAAACUGAUCUGAAAUGGAUAAGAAGCUUAACCUUGGUAAAUGAUUUUGCCUAAAAUCAUUGGCAUAGUCUGACCAUGUUCAACACUGUAGUAGAUAAUGUGUCAAUAUUUAGGGAAGCUUUGUCAUAUUUGCUAAAUUUCAUAAUUUCAGAAAACUGUUUAAAACAAAGCAAUUGAUGGAUAAAUCAGGAAUAGAUUCUCUUGACCAUGUGACAUCUGAUGCUGUGGAACUUGCAAAUCGAAGUGAUAACUCUUCUGAUAGCAGCUUAUUUAAAACUCAGUGUAUCCCUUACUCACCUAAACGGGAGAAAAGAAACCCCAUUCGAAAAUUUGUUCGUACACCUGAAAGUGUUCACGCAAGUGAUUCAUCAAGUGACUCAUCUUUUGAACCAAUACCAUUGACUAUAAAAGCUAUUUUUGAAAGAUUCAAGAACAGGAAAAAGAGAUAUAAAAAAAAGAAAAAGAGGAGGUACCAGCCAACAGGAAGACCAAGGGGAAGACCAGAAGGAAGGAGAAAUCCUAUAUACUCACUAAUAGAUAAGAAGAAACAAUUUAGAAGCAGAGGAUCUGGCUUCCCAUUUUUAGAAUCAGAGAAUGAAAAAAACCCGCCUUGGAGAAAAAUUUUAACGUUUGAGCAAGCUGUUGCAAGAGGAUUUUUUAACUAUAUUGAAAAACUGAAGUAUGAACACCACCUGAAAGAAUCAUUGAAACAAAUGAAUGUUGGUGAAGAUUUAGAAAAUGAAGAUUUUGACAGUCGUAGAUAUAAAUUUUUGGAUGAUGAUGGAUCCAUUUCUCCUAUUGAGGAGUCAGCAGCAGAGGAUGAGGAUGCAACACAUCUUGAAGAUAACGAAUGUGAUAUCAAAUUGGCAGGGGAUAGUUUCAUAGUAAGUUCUGAAUUCCCUGUAAGACUGAGUGUAUACUUAGAAGAAGAGGAUAUUACUGAAGAAGCUGCUUUGUCUAAAAAGAGAGCUACAAAACCCAAAAAUACUGGACAGAGAGGCCUGAAAAUGUGACAGGAUCAUGAAUGUCAAAGGUGAAGCAUAUAGAAAAAACGACUUCAUAGAAAUGAAUGAAGAUAAAUGUGGAUAUAUGUACCAGUCUGGUGAUGAAGAAAUUCUGAAACCCAGGACUUUAUAACAAGAAAAAAAAAUUUUAACCCUGUGAAGAAGUUUGUGAAGUAGUAAUAAUUAGAAAAAAACCAUUAAAACACCAGAGAAAAUACAUAGAAAAAUUUGAGAAAUUGUCAUUUGAUUUCUGAAUAAGAGCUUACAGGUGUCCUGUGAGUAUUGAAACAAUGAAGUGUAGUGAUUUUAAUUUUGAAAAGAAAAUCUUAAAGAUUAAGUAACUUGACACCCAACCAUCUUGAAGAGGGUAUUUGAAAUGCUCUAAUUUUAUCUCAGCUUAGUUCAGCCAUGACAAAGGUGACCUGUCAGAUGCUUAGUAUUGUAAUAACCUCAUUUCCCUUCCCAAAUUUUGAGUAUCUUUAAUACUAUUCUUUUUUAGACAGAGUCUCGAUCUGUCACCCAGGUUGUAGUGCAAUGGUGCAAUCUUGGCUUACUGCAACCUCCAUCUCCCGGGUUCAAGCGAUUCUGCCUCAGCCUCCCUAGUAGCUGGGAUUACAGGCGUUAGCCAGCACACCCAGCUAGUUUUUAUAUUUUUAAUAGAGAUAGGCUUUCACCAUGGUCUCGAACUCCUGACCUCAGGCGAUCCGCCUGCCUUGGCCUCCCAAAGUGCUGGGAUUAUAGGUGUUGAGCCAUGGCACCCGGCCUAAUAAUACUUUUAACUACCAUUUUCACUUUUUUUUUAGUUCAAGGAAAGGCAUACACAUUUAUUUAACAUGUACACAUGGGGAACCAGUGAUUACCCCGAUGUUCAUUAUUUUGAUCACAAUAGAGCUGACUACUCUGCUAUGUAGUGCAUUUUGGGACUGCACUUAUGUAUGUUUUUGUUUAACGUGGACAAAGACUUAUGGAUAGGUGCAAAAAAUAAAUCCUCUUUUGCAACCCAGAACUCAUUGUUCAGUAUGAGUUUUGAUACAUAUAAGAAGGGAUAUUAUGAUACCUGAGACAGUUGAUUGAUGGGAGUAUUGAUAGCCAUAAAGGUUGGUUCCAGGCCAGGUGCAAUGGGUCAAGCCUACAAUCCCCACACCAAGGUUGGGAGUAUUGCUUGAAACCAGGAGUUCAAGACCAGCUUGGGCAAGAAAGAAAGAAACACCUCAUCUCCACAAAAAGUAGCUGGGUACUGGGGCAUGUGCCCGUCGUUGGAGUUUACUCAGAAAGGGGAGGCUGAGGCAAAAGGAUUGAGCCCAAGAGUUGGAGGCUGCACUGAGCUUUGAUGGCACCACUGUACUACAGCCUGAGUAACAAAGACAGACCCUGUCUCAAGAAAAAAAGGUUGAUUCUAGAACUAGAAUAGAUAAACAGCAUGGGAUAUGAGGGAAAUCCUCAGCAGUAUUUUGUAUUCCAAUUUCAUGUUGACAAUAUAUACAAUGGCUUUUUGUUUUGAAGGCUUUUAUCUUGAGAACAUGGUGUCUGGAGUUAAAGGUAUUGGCAUACUCCACACAUCUGUACCAUUCUUGAGUGAUUGCUUAGGAAUGAAUGUGAUUUGAACUCAUUCGUGUUGAGAGGGUGUCAAAUUGAGAACCAGGCAGAUCCCCACCACCUACAGUAAAAAGGACCCUAAAGUAAAUUGGUUGAAGAAAUUAGAUCCCAAAAAUUCUUGGUGAAUUUUGAAGUCUUCAUCAGUAUAUCCAUAUUAAAAGGAGAUGACAGAAGCCAAAGUAAUUAUGGGCUGACAGGACAGCUGGAUCAGUUUCAUUGAAAAGGGCAAACUUGAAGAUACAUCUUUUGACUCCAGCUCUUUAGAGGAUCAAAAGUGACCUUGAUGGACAGUGGAAGAAAUCACAACAUGGAAUUCUUUGAAUAAAAAUUUAUUGACUUUAAAUAAUUUUGUCUAAUGCUACAUAAACACAAUUAAAAAAAAAAACCUCUUUCUUUACACUGUUUCUGGAAAGUCAGCAUGUAUUUUUGGCUCGAAGUUUCUCUAGUGUUUUCUGUGGAAGGAAUAAAAAUUUAGCAAUUUCA